AUGGAACCAACCGCCAAGAAGAACACCGUGUCCGAGUUUAGCUACAUGCUGCAGCGACAAGGUAGCGACGAUUCGGCUGAAGUGAACGCUUUCGAUGACAUCAACUCAUUGGUGAAGCGUGAUGCAAACCAGGGAAAAGCUACCGAGACCUUAUCAUCGCUACCGCAAGCUUCCUUCAACUACAUCAAUUCCAUCGUCGGUAGCGGCGUCAUCGGUAUCCCGUACGCACUCCAUCGGGCAGGAUUUGGGCUAGGGCUGUUCCUGCUAGUAAUUGUAGCAGUCAUAACGGACUAUUCGUUGAUAUUAAUGGUACGAUGCGGACACCUGAGUGGAAGAUUCAGCUACCCCGGUGUGAUGGAGGCCGCAUACGGCAAGGGUGGAUACUAUCUGCUAUCGCUGCUGCAAUUUAUGUACCCUUUUUUAGCGAUGAUAUCGUACAACGUCGUGGUGGGCGACACACUGUCGAAGGUGCUGGUGCGGUUCGUACCGUCCUGGGGCAGCUCGAUGGGUAUGGUGCGGUUCGGCGUGGUGCUCGUCGUGACCAUUUUCGUCAUCAUACCGCUCUGUCUCUACAAGAACGUGUCCCGUCUGGCGAAGGCAAGCUUUCUCAGCCUCGCCUGUGUGGUGCUCAUCCUGAUGGCUGUCGUUUACAGGCUGCUAUCGGGCGAUUACGGUGUCGUCCCGAACACGCCCGAAUCUUGGCGGUUUGCACACAGCGAUCUGAUUCCGGCCGUUGGCAUAAUGGCGUUCGCGUUCAUGUGCCACCACAACACCUUCCUCGUGUACCAAUCGAUGCAGAACGCCACCAUGGAGCGCUGGGAGAAGGUGACACACAUUUCCGUUGGGUUCGCGUGGCUCGUCGCGGCACUGUUCGGUAUCGCCGGCUACUGCACCUUUCGUGCUCUCUCACAAGGCGAUCUACUGGAGAAUUAUUGUUGGGAUGACGAUCUGAUGAACUUUGCCCGUGUGCUCUUUUCCAUCUCGAUUCUACUCACGUUCCCGAUUGAAUGUUUUGUAUCACGGGAAAUCGUUCGUACACAGAUCAAGCGCUUCUACUCGCACGAGGUCAUCGAGUACGAUACGGAUAAGGAUCCUAGUCACGUCACCGGCGAGGAAGACGAUCGUAAAUCGAUGAUCACUACGCUGGUUAUCGUGUUUACUGCAUUUAUCAUUUCACCCUACACGGAAUGUCUCGGACCGGUGCUGGAACUCAACGGUCUGCUUGCCGCCAUCCCGCUAGCCUACAUUCUUCCCGGACUGGCCUACAUUCAGCUGAGCCCGCACUCGUUGUUCAGCCAGGAGAAACUUCCCGCCGCCGGUUUGGUGUUGUUUGGAACAAUUGUCACUAUAUCCGGGGCGGCCAUCUUGAUGCCAAACUUAAUCGGAGAUUGCCGGACGGGCAUCAUUAUGGGAUACUGCAAGGAUGACGAGCUGGCACUGAACGGAACGUCCUUUCUAGCGUCCACCGUGGAUCCAAACUGUGCAACGGACAAGAUUUAAAAUGACGCACACGCAUGGUGGAAAAUCGAGAAAGUGAAAAUGAUCUAAACGAAAUACUUUAAAAACAAAGAGAGGAAAACAUUACAAUCAAACAAUGAUACCGAGAAAACAAAAACCAAAGAAUAAUAUAGGGAAUGACUGUUUUAAACCAAGUUUUAACUCAUUGAAGCUGUUUUAUCACUGUAAUUCUUUCCACAUUAAAUUAAUAUGCAUCGAAAGCAACAUUUUGAGGGCUUUAGGUGCAUUUUGUCAUCAGUAUUAUGUACCUGUAAGACUCUUUCCCUUAAAAAAAACAUGACUUUUUCUAAGCUUUUUAUUACACUUUUUCUAGCGCUUGUUUGUACACUUGUUUGGAGAAUGCAUUAUAUUAUAUAUAUACACUAUGAAAAGAGAGAAAGAAUCAACAGAUAUUUUCACGAUAUCUUUGUCGAACAAAACGUUUAACGGGGAAAAUAUAACACAACUUUGACUUCAUUUUUGGUGAAAUCCGUUUACAAAUUUACACACCUUAGCUACUACACUACACCGAAAAGGAAAAGUAAAUCGAAAAUUACAAUUUACAACCGUCUUACUACAGUUGAAGAUAUUAAAAGAGGGCAACUCGAACGCAAUCAAUGAUGCAAAACAUCCAAUUCGCAGAUGACAGACGAAGAAGAUACGAAACAAAUUCUCUACUCCAUAAACGAAUGUAAUAGAACCGGAGCAGGCCAUCGAUACAAUUCAUUACUAAAUGCGUAGCAGAGUCUUUAAAACUAUCGUGUGCAACUUUUAGGGAACAGAUCAAAAACAUAAUCAUAAACCAUAAGAAAUCUACCAUCUAAUUGUUAGUGCAAACUGAACCAAAAGCUAAUUGAAGAUAAACCAAUUUACAUCGAUCCAGCAGGUCGAUGUCGCUGUGUGGUAAAGAAAGGCGAAUCAUGGUGUACCAAUAUUCAACUAGCAGAUAGAAGAAGCAAACACACACAAAACAUAUUGUUAUGAAAACAAGUACCGAAUGUUUAGAUUAAAGGAGAACAGAAAACAUAAGCUUGACAUAUAUUUUUGUUAUUGUAAGCGACAUGUAAACCAUUGCCGACCAGCAACGGGAGACUGCACUGUACGGUCAUUGCAUAACUUUAGGCGUAACACCAUGUUUAACCCUUGCGGUAUAGAUUUCCCUACUGUUGCUGUGUUGUAGUUUAGCAACACUAUUUAUUUUGUUUAGUCUUUAAAUGUUUAAAACGCGUGUUAAAACAUUGUAUUAAACAUUGCAAAUUAAUUCGAUUGUUAAGCCAUUUUCCAAUCCUCUCCUUAUUUCCAUACAGUAACCGACAGUGUGAAAUUGGUUCCUUUAAAAUACUUUUAGUUUCGCUCCAGUGUGGUCAGAAUCGGGUACAAUUAUUAAAGAAUACACAAAAACACACACACAAGUACUUGCAGCUAAUGAGUCAUAGCGUAUGUAAGAUUAGGAUAUAUUUUAAGUAGCUAAAUUUAUCAAAUCAAUCUAUAGGAGAAAGAAAUCAAAACGGACAGAACGACGGAUUAGCAGAGGGAAAAACAAAAAACCACAACCAACACUAGAAAUCCAUAUUAUGAGCUGAUGUAAUGAGUGUUA